AUGAAUGGAGUAAGAACACAAAAUGCAAUAUACAAACAGUCUAAUGUCUCGUUAUUGGAAGUAUUUGCUGUUUGCUUUACUCUAGGCUUGUUAUUUGCAAUUGAGAUUUGGUCAUUAUUUCAUUCACUGCGGCAUUCUUUACUCAUUUGGUACUGCAUCUUCCUAGAGUGUUAUUUCAUUUCCGAGUUUUCAAGCAGCUGCUUGUACCAGCCAAGUACAGUGACUUCGAAAUCCUUUCUCAUAUAUGGUGUCAAGGGGAAUGGCCUGUUUUGGUUCAUGCAAGGACUCACCGUGAUUGAGUAUUUGUUAACUAGUAGUCUGUCCAUGUGGGUACCUUAUUGGGUCUCCAAAUUGGUUUCUCUUGUUGGCACAUUCAGUAUAUGCAUUGGCUUGUUCAUAAGACAUGCUGCAAUGAAACAAUGCGGCGACUCUUUUAGCCAUUACAUUGCCACCAAGAAACUUUCCCAUCAUAAGUUGAAACAGGAUGGAAUAUACGGAGCUUUGCGACACCCUAGCUAUUUCGGGUUUUGGCUAUUUGCCAUUGGCAUUCAGCUUCUACUCAACAAUUAUGUCAACUUUAUUGUGGACAUUAUUGUUUUACAUGUGUUUUUCAAAAAACGAGUUGCUUACGAAGAGUACAUGCUAAUCCAAUUCUACGGAGAAGCGUAUCGACGAUACCAAAACCGCGUGGGUGUUUAUAUUCCAUUCAUAUCAUAA